ACGUAUUGGGAUGACCUCUUUUUCCUUUCCCAAACGCACUGCAGACAAGCUGAAGCUGUGCUCUGUGAUUGGUCAAGUUGGGCUUCUUCAUCGACGCUUCCGUGAUCGAAUCGAUCGCAAUCGAGGAUGAGACGACGACCUGGAAUUGGCGGUUUACAGACCGCUGCUGCCACUAGGGAUCAGUAUCGGUUGCUCGGAGAAAAUGUAGCGAAGAUACGAACAGAUCUCAUGAAGGAGCAACUCACCACGUUUCGAUCUCAGUUGGAAGAUUUUGCUCGCAAACACAAGAAUGACAUUCGCAAGAACCCUGCUUUCAGAUCACAGUUCCAUGAGAUGUGUGCUAAAGUAGGAGUAGACCCCUUGGCAUCGAAUAAGGGAUUUUGGGCAGAGCUAUUAGGAAUUGGUGACUUCUAUUAUGAACUUGGUGUGCAAAUUGUUGACAUAUGCUUAGCGACAAGAGUUCACAAUGGAGGUUUGAUCGACUUGCAGGAACUGUGCAAUUUGCUUUGCCAGAGACGUAAAAGUGCUCAUGGAGCUGUAUCUGAAGAUGACUGCUUGCGUGCCAUAAGUAAGCUGAAGGUAUUGGGUAGUGGUUUUGAGGUGAUAUCUGUUGGAAAGCGAAAGCUUGUUAGGUCUGUCCCUACAGAGUUGAACAAAGACCAUAAUGCGAUUCUAGAACUGGCUCAGGCUCAAGGCUUUGUUACUGUUGAAGAGGUGGAAAGACGGCUCUCCUGGCCCUCUGGGCGCGCCACUGAUGCCCUUGAAACUUUAUUGGACGAAGGUCUUGCAAUGAUUGAUAAUGGUCACAGAGAUGGCAAACGCCGGUACUGGUUUCCCUGUGCAUCUUCACUCUCUGCUGUAGGAGCUGAUAUUCUCAAGAUUUGAUUUUUCAGCACCAUGUUUUCUGCCCUGGGCAUUGUCUGGUAAAAGGGUGUGUAUGGGAUAGGUCUAGCAUUGGAAUCCAGUAUUUUUGUUUAUUUAUCAGGAAAAAAUGCAAAAAAUAAAAAUAAAAACCCCAUUUGUGAUAUAGACAUUUGAUGUGGGGACCUGAAAGGAAAAAAAAGGGUGUUUGUUCCACCCCACAACCCCGCCCCACCACUCUUUUUUCCUUGUAACUAAUGUUUCGUCUUUUUAAAGAUGUGAUUGUCAGAACACGAAGCAUCUCUCCA